UGAGGGACAUCUAUCUUCCUUCAAUCCGUCGUUCUGUCCUAUGGAACUGGAACUGACGGGAGACGCAUGUGGACAGAGUCACUUCGAUAGAACACAACGAAGGGUAAAGGUGAAGUUUUCCGAGCAUGUUCUCAAAACAAGGAAGCUUCUCAGUGAGCGGGACAUGGAGAGAUCCAUGGAUCACAACCAAUCAUCAUUUCCAAACACAGGCAAAAUCCGACGAAAAAGAGUGGUGAAAAUAAUUUUCAGAGACGUAGAUGCCACGGACUCAUCAAGUGACGACGAAGGAGAAGAGAUCGUGCGGCGAGUGAGAAGAUAUGUACAAGAGAUUGGCAUCGACACCUCUGCCAAAGCUGUGCCACCUCCGCCGCCGUCGUUGCCGUCUCCGUCGCCGGCAAAGGUGAAGAAGAGAAGAUUACAGUCGGUAAUCUCCGAUGAGACUCGACGGAAAAGAUUCAGAGGUGUACGGCAACGGCCAUGGGGCCGUUGGGCAGCGGAGAUACGAGAUCCGACCCGUCGGAAACGGUUAUGGCUCGGCACAUUUGAUACACCCGAAGAAGCGGCAACCGUUUAUGAUAACGCCGCCGUUAGAUUGAAGGGCCCUGAUGCCGUUACAAACUUCCCUUUCCCAACAAGGAUGGACACAGUAACGGUAGUUAGUCAAGUCGACACUUAUAGUUUUGAAGCUGCUUACUCUCCCACGUCGGUCCCACGUCGGUCCUCCGUUAUGCUAGGUCACCAACACCGUUUGAUUCUGACACACUUAGUUACGGAACUUACGGUGACGUUGACGCUUUCGGGUUUGACAUUGAAUCACCGUUAACGUUUCCAGAGAUCAAGCUGCCGAGGAAUAACUACUUUGGCGAGGAAGAAUUCGGGGAGUUAGACAUUGACGAUUUUGCUCAAGUCAGGUUAUGAAGAUGUUCUAUUAUUUAUACACCCAAGAUACCGUGAGUGAGCCGAUUAAUACGGCGAUUUUGUCCGUGAACUUUUAUUUUUAUUUAAUAUUUAAAUUCAAAAUUAAAUUAAAUUUGCGAAUUGUGAAGGAAAGAGAGUAAUUAGAGAGAAGACUGAGACUUGAGACUGGUAGUAGGGUAGUGGUGGUGUGGGGUAGUGUUUGGUUACUUGUUUUCCACGCUUGACGAGGAAAAGUAUGUAUUAUAAGGCUAUAUAGGCUUUCCUUUUCAUUUUCCAGAAAUCUUUGAAUAAAAUAGUAAUAAUAAUGGUUAUGGUGGUGACGGGUGAUUGU